GGAGAAUUGGAAAGCCGAGGGUAGCCUCGGGGGGCGGGCGCUCUGGAGUGGCGGGUGCUCGGCCUGCUGUCCGCUCAGCCAGAAGCACCGAGCAGCCGGGCCGCCAAGCCGCCAAGCCGGGCCCGCCGCCCUCCUCCUCCAUGAGGCCCGAGUGAGGCGCGGCGGCUACAGCCGACCCGCGGCGCCUUCCCCCCCGCGUCCUAUCGCGAGCGCAGCGGCAGCGGCCCCUGGAGGAGGAGGCGGAGGAGGAGGAGCAUGUCGGACGGUUUCGAUCGGGCCCCAGGUGCUGGUCGGGGCCGGAGCCGGGGCCUGGGCCGCGGAGGGGGCGGGCCUGAGGGCGGCGGUUUCCCGAACGGAGCGGGGCCUGCUGAGCGGGCGCGGCACCAGCCGCCGCCGCAACCCAAAGCCCCGGGCUUCCUGCAGCCACCGCCGCUGCGCCAGCCCAGGACGGCCCCGCCGCCAGGGGCCCAGUGCGAGGUCCCCGUCAGCCCCCAGCGGCCUUCCCGGCCCGGGGCGCUCCCAGAGCAAACGAGGCCCCUGAGAGCUCCACCUAGUUCACAGGAUAAAAUCCCACAGCAGAACUCGGAGUCAGCAAUGGCUAAGCCCCAGGUGGUUGUAGCCCCUGUAUUAAUGUCUAAGCUGUCUGUGAAUGCCCCUGAAUUUUACCCUUCAGGUUAUUCUUCCAAUUACACAGAAUCCUAUGAGGAUGGUUGUGAGGAUUAUCCUACUCUGUCAGAAUAUGUUCAGGAUUUUUUGAAUCAUCUUACAGAGCAGCCUGGCAGUUUUGAAACUGAAAUUGAACAGUUUGCAGAGACCCUGAAUGGUUGCGUUACAACAGAUGAUGCUUUGCAAGAACUUGUGGAACUCAUCUAUCAACAGGCCACGUCUAUCCCAAAUUUUUCUUAUAUGGGAGCUCGCCUGUGUAAUUACCUGUCCCAUCAUCUGACAAUUAGCCCACAGAGUGGCAACUUCCGCCAAUUGCUACUUCAAAGAUGUCGCACUGAAUAUGAAGUUAAAGAUCAAGCUGCAAAAGGGGAUGAAGUUACUCGAAAACGAUUUCAUGCAUUUGUACUCUUUCUGGGAGAACUUUAUCUUAACCUGGAGAUCAAGGGAACAAAUGGACAGGUUACAAGAGCAGAUAUUCUUCAGGUUGGUCUUCGAGAAUUGCUGAAUGCCCUCUUUUCUAAUCCUAUGGAUGACAAUUUAAUUUGUGCAGUAAAAUUAUUGAAGUUGACAGGAUCAGUUUUGGAAGAUGCUUGGAAGGAAAAAGGAAAGAUGGAUAUGGAAGAAAUUAUUCAGAGAAUUGAAAAUGUUGUCCUAGAUGCAAACUGCAGUAGAGAUGUGAAACAGAUGCUCUUGAAGCUUGUAGAACUCCGGUCAAGUAACUGGGGUAGAGUCCAUGCAACUUCAACAUAUAGAGAAGCAACACCAGAAAAUGAUCCUAACUACUUUAUGAUUACCAAGAGAAAUAUCAAGAAUUACUUGAAAGAGAGGACUUUUUUCCAGAUUAUGAAGAAAAUGGAACAGAUUUAUCUGGGGCUGGUGAUCCAUACUUGGAUGAUAUUGAUGAUGAGAUGGACCCAGAGAUAGAAGAAGCUUAUGAAAAGUUUUGUUUGGAAUCAGAGCGUAAGCGAAAACAGUAAAGUUAAAUUUCAGCAUAUCAGUUUUAUAAAGCAGUUUAGGUAUGGUGAUUUAGCAGAACACAGGAGAGCAAGAAAAUGUGUAACACCUAUACCAAAUUAAGGAUGUUGAGUUAUGUUACUAAUGUAUGCAACUUUAAUUUUGUUUAACACUAUCUGCCAAAAUAAACUUUAUUCCCUAUAACUUAAAAUGUGUAUAUAUAUAAAAUAGUUUAUUAUGUACAGUUAAUUCUACUGUUUUGGCUGCAAUAAAAUCGAUUUUGAAAUAAAUGAAAUGUUGAAAAUUUUGCUAGUUGGUUAGAUGCUUAUCCUUUAAAUUCUACUUUUCUUGAGGAGAAAAAGUCUUCGUCUGGAAAUACAUAUUACUGCAAAAAUGUAGCAUCCUUUUUUAGGUAGGAGUAUUAUGGCUUUCAUUUUAGUUUUUACGUUUAGUGUCCCAAUGAAUUGAAUUUCCAAUAUGAAUCAUAAUCUUGAAAAUCUUUAGCACUAAAGUCUUGGAAUGUAUCAACAACUGACUUACAUAUGCAGAUGCUAUUUGAUACCAGGGGCUUUUUAAAUGUCGUGGGGCGGCGGGGGGAAAAAACCCUAACUUGGUGAACUCCCAACUAAACAACCAAGACUUCACUGAAGAUUUAUUCCAAUUCUAGAAUUGUUUUGUUUUGUUUUGUUUUGUUUUCUCAACUGACCAAAUUCAUUACUUUAAAGCCUAGAACAUUAUUCUGCUUUAUUUAUAUGGCUUUCUCACUUUUAUUUUGUAGCAUGGGUUGCAUCGACUUUUUUACUAGAGAAUUUUACUAGAUAUUUGUCAUUCAAGUUUUCAUCUGCUUUAUAAUUGAUACACCUUGAGGGUCACUUUUCUAAUACUUUUACUAUAAUGUGGUACCACCUCAGCCCUAAUAAAUAAUAUUUUUACCUAAUGUCAGAUCUUUUUCCAGCUAACUAAAAAUAAAACUAUGUACAAAAGGAUUGCUUGUAAAUAUGCAUGUAAAUAGUUCUGUUAAUAACCCACUGUUUUACAUUUGGUACAUCUGUGUCUGCUAAUACAGUUAGCUUUCUCACUUUUCUGCUUGUUUGUUCAGUCUGAAUUAAAAUUAGACUUUGAAAAUAAAGCUUAAAUAGUUCUGUUUCCUCUAAA